AUUUGCUGUGAGUGAAACGGCGAUAAGGAAGCCUCAGCAAUUUGAAGCACUUGUCAAUGUUCUUUUGUAACUCGAAGGAGCGUGUGUGCUCUUUCAUGUGCGGUGUUUCAUUCGAAGUCAGUGGGUUAGAAUUUAUUCAUCCGGCUGGAUUGUACAUCGCAGCAUUUGAGCUUCGUAAUCGUGUUUCAAUACUCCAUGGAUUUAGAAGCGUCGACGCGAGUUUUUCUAUAUAGGCCGGAGCUGUCAACGCGUCACCUCUGAAACUCAUUUGUGACAGGAAAAAACUCAACGGCCAGGGGGACCAUGGAGAGAGGUCACGCUUUCAAUGUUGCACCAAAAUUGUCGAAAUUGUUUGAGUGCGCCGUCAUUAUGACACUUAUUCUCGGUCCCGGAGCAAUUACAUCGUUGGACUUUCCAAAUAAACUGAAACACGUUUACGUCAUCUUUGCACACAAAUUAUAUGCCCCGCUGACACCAGAUACGCAGUAUGGCUUUCCUGAGAAACUCGAAUACGAAUACUUCCUCGCUGAUGCCGCCGACAUGCCGAAUAAAGCCAAGCUGGAGAUUGUUGAGCUCGGGAUUCACCUUCGUCGCAGAUACGACGAUUUCUUGGGCGACAUCUAUUAUUCGGAAGUUUCACGAACGUAUACGAGCGAGUACUUCCUGUCGAUGAUAUCCGGCCAAUUGGUAAACGCGGGGCUCUGGCCUCCGGCAAAAUCCCAACAGUGGAACGAAGAUUUGAACUGGCAGCCGAUACCGUCGGCUUACCAGCCGAAGGAAACCGAUAGGCUGUUCCUUGGCACUAUGUGCCCGCAUUUUCUCGAUGAGGAAAAACGCGUGUUGGAUACGGACGAAUCUAUUAAGAACGAGGUCUCCGAGCAUCAGGGACUGUUCGACUACGUUUCCUCCCAUUACGGAAAAAAAAUCGAACGACCCGCGGAUGUUUCGUUGCUGUAUUCGAGCCUGGAAACAAUGGCAUCGUACGAAGAGCUUAACAAAACGUUACCGGGCUGGGCGGAGGGUAUAUUUCCUGAGGGCGAGAUGCGAAACGUUACUCUACUCUCAUACACGUUGUUGUCCAAGACGAGAAACCAAAGACAGUUGAACGGUGGAGUUUUUCUUAAAAAAAUCAUUAACGAGGCAACGAAAUUGAUUACAACGAAUGCAACGUUUGACGUCAAUUCUAAUACGAGUCGCGACGCCAAAAUAUCGUUAUGGAGCGCCGAGGAUAGAAACCUCAUCGGGGUUUUACAAGCCAUGAACUUAUGGUGGUCGCCUCACUUGCUGGAUAACGGGGCUUCUAUUAUUUUGGAACUGCGACACAACGAAUCUGCUAAAGAAUAUGGUUUCGAGAUUUAUUACUACACCGGAAUAAAUAUGAACGAAACGAUGGGACUGACGCUGCCUGGCUGCAAGGCAUUCUGUCCCCUGAGCGAUUUCGCGCGCAUUUUAUCCGAAGUUUUGCCAACCGACGAAAACCUGCUCUGUCACACGGAGCAUCCGAUUGUAACAGAUUCGAAUUCGUCGGCGGACAGCAAUCAGGCUCGAGCUUAUCUGAGGCAUCAACUCGUUUUAUGUUUGACCGUUUUUUCAUUCCUCUUCAAAACGGCAUGUUAACACGGGCGUAUCAUCGUUUUUCGUAUUACUUUCCAGUAUUUUUUCAUAUACUCUCACAAAUCGCUGUCACUGAACGUAUUCGUGGGAAUCAUCAGCUAAAAGACAAAUUUUACGUACGCGAGUGAACAUCCGCAAGUUUGUUCAGUGGAGAUGUCACUCAUUAAAACCCAUGAAUUCCAUACGAGGAAUAUAAAAUCUAACAGACGAAUUCGCUGCUUUCGUUCGCCAUUGAAAUAAUAACUAAUGAAAGAGUACAAUUUUUUGUAUCCACCAUAUGGGAACUUUAUGGGAACCGUUCGAGUUUCCUCGAAUCUACACAUUUGUAUUGGGUCGAGCAUGUCCGCUAUGAUAUCAUCGACAAUCAUUUUGGACAUUUUUCUAUAUCGCCGUAAACGAAAAAUUCCAUAUUUUUUUAUUCCAGAUAAUCCAGUCUCAGGGAACUGCUCCUCGUUCACAAAUGUUUGUUCCAAAUACGCGUUUCAUGUUGCUAAAUUAUUGAUUGUACAACGAACGUUGUUUGUCGAUAAUUCUUCAAGUUUAUUAUUCACGUAUCUUCAUAAUAGAAGUAUACUUGAUCAAUAAAUAUACUUGUGCCAAGUUA